AUGCAAUAUUCCCUAAAAAAGAAGGCCGUGGAUUUCCUGGUGAGGUGUAAGGCGGCGUGCAGCGGCCUCUGGCCAGUGUGCAAUUCAGUCCGAUAUAAAGCCCUCGAUCCGGAGUCAGUCCGAUAUAAAGCCCUCGAUCCGGAGUCAGUCCGAUAUAAAGCCCUCGAUCCGGAGUCAGUCCGAUAUAAAGCCCCCGAUCCGGAGUCAGUCCGAUAUAAAGCCCCCGAUCCGGAGUCAGUCCGAUAUAAAGCCCCCGAUCCGGAGUCAGUCCAAUAUAAAGCCCUCGAUCCGGAGUCAGUCCGAUAUAAAGCCCUCGAUCCGGAGUCAGUCCGAUAUAAAGCCCCCGAUCCGGAGUCAGUCCGAUAUAAAGCCCCCGAUCCGGAGUCAGUCCGAUAUAAAGCCCCCGAUCCGGAGUCAGUCCGAUAUAAAGCCCCCGAUCCGGAGUCAGUCCGAUAUAAAGCCCUCGAUCCGGAGUCAGUCCGAUAUAAAGCCCCCGAUCCGGAGUCAGUCCGAUAUAAAGCCCCCGAUCCGGAGUCAGUCCGAUAUAAAGCCCUCGAUCCGGAGUCAGUCCGAUAUAAAGCCCCCGAUCCGGAGUCAGUCCGAUAUAAAGCCCCCGAUCCGGAGUCAGUCCGAUAUAAAGCCCUCGAUCCGGAGUCAGUCCGAUAUAAAGCCCCCGAUCCGGAGUCAGCGCUUUUAACAAUGUAG